CUAAAAGAAACGUCAUUUUUGUUAAUUAAAAUUUUGCUCGUCUUCUUCGUACCGCACUGAAGUGCUAAUCUGUGUAAAGUGAUUUCGCGUAGAAAUUAAUUUGGAAAUUUAGCUAGUAGUGAAUUAAAAUUACAUAAUAAACAGUGCAGGAUUGUGUUGUCUUACUACUGGCAAUAAACUGCGAUAUCGAAUGAUUGCCCUCGUUUAAAAUAGGUGCUGUACUCAAUCUACAAUGGCCCUUUUGGGAGCACAGCUGGUUAUUACGCUGAUUAUGGUCAGCGUGAUCCAGAAGUUGAGUCCACAUUUUUCGUUAGCCAAAUGGAUUCUCUGCUCUACCGGGUUGACCCGGUAUCUGCACCCAACGGAUGAAGAGCUGAGGAAGCUGUCUGGCGUACCCCGGGAGAAGGGUAAGAACAAGAAAGACAAACGGAACGGCCAUGUCGAGCAGGACAAACCUUCGACGUUCCAUAUUCCAAGAAGCUUGGACGUCCAGCUGGAAACUAUCGGAAUUUCGCCGUACGAUAUCAUCCAUUUGAGAUACUACACCGAGUAUCAGUGGCUGGUGGAUUUCAGCUUGUACGCCUCGAUUGUGUACGUUGUGUCCGAGGUGUACCAGUUCUUUUUCCCUCUUAAGGAAGAAUUCAACCUCAGCAUGUUGUGGUGCUUGCUAGUCGUUUUCUUUGCAUUCAAACUGUUAGCAUCUCUUACGGUCCAGUAUUUCCAAAGCGAGGAAUCUAUUGGGGAGCGAUCAACUUGUAUAGUAACCGGACUCGUUUAUCUGCUAAUUGCGAUGGUAAUUCUGAUCGUGCCUGAGACAACGCUCGAAGUGGGGCUGGACCGUGCCUACAGGAGCUUCAACGAAAGUGCUUCUGUGUUUUUGGAAACCCAAGGAUUGAACUCAUCUGGACCCGCGUCUAAGAUCGUGGUGAAAUUUUUCAUUGCUGUCAGCUGUGGAAUUCUUGGGGCACUGUUUACCUUCCCUGGGCUGCGCAUGGCAAGAAUGCACUGGGAUUCACUGAAAUUUUGCCAAGACCGAGUUUGGCUGAAGUUUCUCCUAAAUCUCAGUUUUGCAAUGCCAUUCCUUUUAGUCCUACUGUGGAUCAAGCCUCUCAGUCGCGAUUAUCUCACAGCUCGUGUAUUUUCUGGAAUGUCAUCUCCAAUACUAUCUUCGGAAGCAUUCGAAACAAUACGACUGGGUGCGGUUGUGUUUGCUGUUUUGCUUCGUUUUCUGUUGAUGCCGGUUUAUCUGCAAGCGUAUCUCAAUCUGGCCUAUCACCGCAUCGAGGAUCAAAAGAAGGAAGCCGGACGUAUCACAAACGUUGAUCUGCAGAAAAAAAUCACUUCCAUUUUCUACUACCUGUGCGUCGUAACGCUGCAAUACGUGGCACCGAUCUUGAUGUGCCUGUUCUUUGCGUUGAUGUACAAAACUCUUGGCGAUUAUACUUGGGCCGGGUUCCUACAGGAAGCGUUGCCCCUUGACGAGUGUUCUGCCGAUUUGGAUACGCAACGAGCGAUGGAAGUUGUGACGGCGGAUGCUUCCAGCGUAGAAGACGCUGCUGCAAUAGCAGCGGAUGAUGCCAAUAUUUUGUCUGCCGCACAGACAAUUCAACUCUCGCUGCAAAGCCUUAAAUCAGUUUUCACCAAAGACGUCUAUCGGGGGUUGUUCGGAUUUGCCACGUGGUGGAGCUGCUUUAUUUGGUUUGCAGCCAGCUCGUUGGGAAUGGUUUAUCAGUCUUAUUUCACAAAAUCGUAGAAAGUUUUUAGCAAUUAAACGUUACGUCCAAAUCGUUUUUAGGGAACGACAUCGUAUCGCAUUUAAGUUGUAAAAUGAGCAUUUCUUCAGUUCAUUGAUCCAAUGUCAAAUAGACUCCAGCACAAGAUACAUUGUAGUUAGAUAUAAGUCUAAAAAAUCGAGUCAUACUUUUUCUCAUUUAACUAGUUUGUAAAGAGAAUGAUCCCAACGUAUUUUUUGUUUGUAAAUACAUGUGCUCUAACCGUGGCAAGUUGUUAAGUGAUACAGCAUAUGGCAACUCACAUGUUUUGGUUUUGAUUUGAUAACGAGUUGAAUAUUAAUUAGUGACAAAUUAUAAGGCGGAAAAUAAAUUUGUAUCGAUUGAAACCUA